AUGCCUUGCAUUAUAAAACAUAACGAGCAGGCCACCUGCAAUGGCAGCACUACGAACUUCCCCUUCAGAGACCUCCGCAGCGACACGGCUACCGUGCCAUCCCCUGAAAUGUACCAGGCAAUGGUGAGCGCUCAGCUUGGAGACGACGUGUUUAGCGAGGACCCAACUGUAAAUGCACUGGAAACCCGGAUUGCUGAACUGACGGGUAUGCCAGCGGCUCUAUUUGUUACCUCCAGCACCAUGUCAAACCAGAUUGCAAUCCGUACUCAUCUGCAGGCCCCUCCUGCAUCGGUCCUCUGCCACCGGAAUUCGCAUAUAUUCCAGUGGGAGUCCUCUGGCGUCGCGUACCACUCGCAGGCACAGCUGAUCCCGGUUGCACCGAAGGACUCCAUCAACAUGAAGGUCCAGGAUGUGAAGGGCUCCUUCCUCGAGGACGAUGGCAACAUCCACAAAGCAGCGACAAAGCUUAUCACUCUGGAGAACACCUACAACGGUGUAGUCAUGCCUAUCGAGGAUAUCCGCGAGAUCCGCAGAUUCGCCAACGAGAAGGGCGUUCUAGUCCAUUUAGACGGUGCUCGCCUGUGGAAUGCAUCUGUCGCAAGUGGGAUUUCUCUGGCGGAGUAUGCCAAGGAGGCCGAUUCGAUUAAUAUGUGCCUAUCGAAGGGACUGGGGUGUCCUGUGGGUGCUGUUUUGGUUGGGUCUGAGGAGUUUAUUCGAAAGGCACGCUACUAUCGCAAGCUGUUUGGUGGAGCUUGGCGCCAGGCGGGUGUUCUUGCUGCUGCUGCUCUCUACGCCAUCGACAAUAUCUGGCCGACCAUGGCCGCAACGCACAAGCUGACAAGGCGGCUGCUGGAUGGUCUUGUUGAACUCGGAUUCAAGCCGGAGCUGCCGGUUGAAACAAACAUGAUAAUCCUUGACGCGUCCGAAGCCAAGGUGGACAUGGAUGAGCUUGCCAAGGCACUUGGCGAGCGCGGAAUCAUCAUUCGCACCGUGUACGAUGGCAGUUUCCGCAUUGUGACCCAUCACCAGAUUGACAAUGGCUGUGUGGAUGAGGUCCUUUCUGUUGCCAACAAGCUAGCAGCAGCGCAGAUUACUCCCAACAUACAUGCUACUCUUCCUAGUAAUGGUGACUAA